UUAUUGAGAUAAAGAAUCAACAGGAUUCUUGCCAAGAUUCGAUUUUCAGGACUAUCUUGAAUUGGAUCAAACACGACUUUAAACAACGACAACAAUUCAUUGAACGAUUGUUUCAACUGAUUGAUGUCAAGAAACUAUCAACUGCGUUCCUUGAAGAGGUUGUUGAAAAAUCUGAGAAAUGGAUGAAAAGAUCAGACCUUUAUCUUGAUAUUCUCAGUCCAGAAUAUAUUACUCGUCUCAAAUUUCAAAUUCCGAACACAGUGGCUGCGGUUACAAAAGCAACAUGCAUGAUCAUAGGUGGUUUUGGAGAAAAUAAAAACUCUGUUCACAUUUAUGAUGUUAAUGAGAAAAGUUUCAAGAUAUGCAAGCCAACCUUGUAUGAAAGGUUUGGUUCAACCAGUGUGAAGAUUAACAACCAUGUUUAUCUGGCUGGUGGUGGUAGAUCCAACUUUGUCGAAUGUUUGAAUUUAAACCAAGUUGAUGGUGAUUGGAACGAGGUGGCAUCUAUGAAGGAACAACGAUGUCAUGCAGCAUCUGCUGUGUUAAAAGAUCAAAUGUGUGUAGCAGGAGGAAGUAUUGUUUAUAAUGUAUUAUCAUCAGUUGAAUUAUACAAUCCAGUGGUUAAAACAUGGACAAACAUUCCUUCAAUGCAAACUGAACGAUGUCAACAUGCUCUUGUUUGUUAUAAUGACCGCUUGUUCGCAUUUGGUGGAUGUGGUAAAGUUAUUGGUAAUCCGAUUGGUUUGGAGUCAAUGGAAAGUUACGAUCCAAGAGAAGGGAAAUGGGAAUCACUGAAACCAAUGAAUGAGGAAAGACGUGGAUUUUGUGGUGUUGUUUACAAUGAUGAGAUUUACGCCAUUGGUUUGUUGUUUAUUCUAUAUAUAAACAA